UUUAAGAUGGCGGCGGCGGCGGCGCGGAAAACAAUGGGGCCGGGGCGGCGGGGCCAGGCCGAGGCCUGAGGUGGGCAGCGAGCGCCUGCCCAGGCUGGGCCGAGCAGGGCCAGAGGAAGACCCGCCGCCGCGCGCGAGCCCGCUCCGCAGCUCGCGGGGCCAUGGCGUGGCCGUGAGGCGGCCGGGCCGCCGGCGGGGAGCGGAGUCCGCAGUGCCGGCCGGCCCCGAGAGGCCCGCCUCGGGCCCGGCCCGUGCAGCCCGCGGCCCAUGGUGCUGCCCACCUGCCCGAUGGCGGAGUUCGCGCUGCCGCGGCACAGCGCCGUCAUGGAGCGCCUCCGCCGGCGCAUCGAGCUGUGCCGGCGCCACCACAGCACCUGCGAGGCCCGCUACGAGGCCGUCUCGCCCGAGCGCCUGGAGCUCGAGCGCCAGCACACCUUCGCCCUGCACCAGCGCUGCAUCCAGGCCAAGGCCAAGCGCGCCGGCAAGCACCGGCAGCCGCCCGCGCCGGCCCCGGCGCCCGCCCCGGCCCCGCGCCUCGACGCCGCCGACGGCCCCGAGCACGGCCGCCCCGUCGCGCAUCUCCAUGACACGGUGAAGAGGAAUCUCGAUAGCGCCACCUCCCCUCAGAAUGGUGAGCAGCAGAAUGGCUAUGGGGACCUCUUUCCUGGACACAAGAAGACGCGCCGCGAGGCCCCUCUUGGAGUAGCUGUCUCUUCCAAUGGCCUGCCUCCAGCUUCCCCUCUUGGUCAGCCGGACAAGCCUGGCGCAGAGGCCCUGCAGGCCGGUGGGAAGCACUCACUAGGGCUGGACUCCAUCAGCAAGAAGUGUGUGGCAGACUCGAGCCUCCACCUGAAUGGAGGCGGUAACCCCGGUGAGUCCCUUCCCCUGAGCCUGAGCAGAGAGCUGAAGCAGGAGCCUGUGGACGACCUGCCCUGCAUGAUCUCGGGGGCCGGAGGCUCCAUAUCUCAGAGCAACCUCAUGCCUGACCUCAACCUCAACGAGCAGGAGUGGAAGGAGCUCAUCGAGGAGCUGAACAGGUCAGUGCCCGACGAAGACAUGAAGGAUCUGUUUACUGAGGACUUUGAGGAGAAGAAGGACCCAGAGUCUUCUGGCUCUGCUACACAGACCCCCUUGGCACAGGACAUUAACAUUAAGACGGAAUUCUCUCCAGCAGCCUUUGAACAAGAACAGUUAGGCUCUCCUCAAGUGAGGGCUGGGUCUGCAGGACAGACCUUCCUGGGGCCGUCAUCUGGCCCUGUGAGCACAGAUUCACCCAGCCUAGGGGGCUCCCAGCCCCUGUUCCACACCUCUGGUCAGCCUGGGGUGGACAGUCCCAGUCCCAGCCUGAUGCCGGCGUCAGCCCAGGCCCAGAGCGCACAGAGAGCCCUCUCUGGUGUGGUAUUGCCGAGCCAGGGCCCAGGAGGGGGCUCAGAGCUGUCCUCUGCCCAUCAGCUCCAGCAGAUCGCUGCCAAGCAGAAACGCGAGCAGAUGCUCCAGAACCCACAGCAGGCUGCCCCAGCACCAGCCCCAGGCCAGAUGUCCACGUGGCAGCAGACAAGCUCCUCCCACAGUCCCUUACAUGUCCCUUAUCCCAUGGAGAAGCCUGCCAGCCCUCAGGGCUACAAGCAGGACUUCACCAGCUCCAAACUGCUCAUGAUGCCAAGUGUGAACAAGAGCUCCCCUCGGCCCGGAGGCCCCUACCUCCAGCCCAGCCGUGCGAGCCUGCUGAGUCACCAGCCACCAAGCAGCUUGAGUCAGAGUGCCGUGGCUAGCCCAGGCUCAGUGCUGGACUACGGCAACACCAAACCCCUCUCUCACUACAAAGCGGACUGUGGGCAAGGUGGCCCGGGGGCCGGCCAGAGCAAGCCAGCCCUGAUGGCUUAUCUUCCCCAGCAGCUGCCUCAUCUGAACAACGAGCAAAACUCCUUAUUUCUGAUGAAACCAAAGCCGGGAAAUAUGCCCUUCCGAUCGCUGGUUCCACCUACCCAGGAGCAGAACCCUCCCAGCGUCCCUGUUCCAACUCAGGCCACAAGCGUGGGGACCCAGCCACCUGCCGUGUCUGUGGCCAGCACUCACAGCAGCACCCCGUAUCUCAGCAACCAGCAGCAGGCAGCUGUCAUGAAGCAGCAUCAGUUGCUGUUGGACCAGCAGAAGCAGAGGGAGCAGCAGCAGAAGCAUUUGCAGCAGCAGCAGUUCUUGCAAAGGCAGCAGCACCUUCUGGCAGAACAGGAGAAGCAGCAGUUUCAGCGCCAUCUGACUCGCCCGCCACCCCAGUACCAAGACCCAACCCAGAGCACCUUCCCACCACAGGUUGGCCAGUUCACAGGGUCCUCCACUGCCAUGCCUGGCAUGAGCAGCUUGGGUCCGUCUAACGCCAGCUGCCCUCGAGUGUUCUCUCAGGCCGGGAGUCUGAUGCCAAUGGGCCCUGCACACACUUCGGUUUCUUCCCUCCCGUCAAACUCAGGCCAGCAGGACCGCGGCAUGGCUCAGUUCACUGGCUCCCAGAGCAUGCCGCAGAGCAGCCUCUAUGGCAUGGCUUCUGGUAUAACCCAGAUAGUGGCCCAGCCUCCGCCACAGGCCACCAACGGACAUGCCCACAUUCCCCGGCAGACCAGCAUGGGCCAGAACACCUCGGUUUCAGCUGCCUAUGGGCAGAACUCUCUGGGGAACUCUGGUCUCUCCCAACAGCACAGUAAGGGGCCCCUGAACUCUGGUUUAACUAAGCCGCAGGUCCCAAGGGUGUCGGCGACCAUGGGAGGCCAGAAUCCCUCAUGGCAGCAUCAGGGAAUGCCAAACCUGAGUGGCCAAACCCCAGGGAACAACACCGUAAGCCCCUUCAGUGCAGCUUCCAGUUUCCACAUGCAGCAGGCCCACCUGAAAAUGUCCAGCGCACAGUUCUCCCAGGCGAUGCCCAGCAGGCCCAUGGCCCCCCUGAGCUCGGCAGCUGCAGCAGGGCCCAUGCUGCCCCCUGUGAGCGCACAGCAGAGGACCAGUGCCCCUGCCCCAGCACCUCCCCAGGGAGCCCCACCGCAAGGCUUGCCGGGCCUGAGCCCGGCCGGGCCUGAGCUGGGGGCCUUCAGCCAGAGCCCCGCCCCAGCGAUGGGCGGGCGGGCAGGGCUGCACUGCGCCCAGGCCUACCCUGUGCGGACCGCAGGCCAGGAGCUGCCCUUUGCCUACAGCGGGCAGCCGGGUGGCAGUGGGCUGGCCGGCAUGGCUGGAGACACUGACUUGAUCGACUCCCUGCUGAAGAACAGGACUUCGGAGGAGUGGAUGAAUGAUUUGGACGACCUCUUAGGGCCUCAGUAACGGGAGAAUUUGUGGUGGUGUCAGUGUUCAUACACCCUAUAUUUUUGCUCUCAGAUGCAAGAAGGAGCAACUGCUUUGGACCAAAAGCCCAGGGCCCGGGGAGCUGGGCGGGCGGGUGGAGCUGGAGCCCCAGGGCCAAGGCCGGCCCUCCCAGAGUCAGGGGGGCCCACGGCUCCCUGCCAGCAGCUGUGGGCUAUCGGGCUGGCCCCACCCCAUCUGCUGGCAUCGCUGCCUGGUGUUGGGACAGCAGGACAGGGUUCUGCAGAUGGUUUUCUAUCCAAAUGACCAAAAAACCAACAAUGAAACCCCUUGAUGUCAGGCUUCUAAAAAUCUGUGCCAUUGUGUUGACUUAAUCCAAGAUUUCUCCACUUGCCCCAAUGUUGGGGACAAAUUUUUGUUGAAACUUUAUAGCAGAACUAUUCGCAAUUUGUAGCGUAGAAAAGAUUUUUUAAAUUUUUUAAGGUUUUAAAACAGAUUAGGAUAGGUGAUGGUUUAAAGUGAUUAAGUGGCAUUGGAAACCUAGUGUUUCCUUUUGAUUAAGAGCCUUUUUUAUUCCUGCUCUUUGUCAGCUUUCAGGGGAAAGGGAGGCUCAGUGGAAAAUCAUUUCCGUAAGUGCAGGCUGUGACUGCAAGUGCCAAAAAGGAACAAGAUGCAGAGCUAGUGACACAGGUGGGUCUUCCCAGCAGCUCCUCCUCCUUCCAGAACGCGGGUUGGCAGUCAGGAGGACCUGGGCGGAAGAAGCUCCCAUGUGUGUUGGUGGCCGCCCCCCGGCUGACUGCUAAGAUGGAGUCACUGGGUUACUCUGUCCUCUUUUGUUGUAACUUUCCACCUGUUGCCGUGUCUCUGAAAACUGUAUAACGUGUUGGGAAGGGGAUCAUUGUUGAGUUGUGCGCAGAUGUCUUGUCUUCACCCCGUCUUCAGUUCACCUGACCUUUCUCUCUGCCUCCCCUUCCUCUCUCCAGCCCAGAUGGAAAACCUCGUAAGCACAGAUUUACUAGAUUGGAGGGGAAAGAGUCAUUAAAACUCCUUAGAGGGAACCGUGGCAUUGCAAGGAGGAGGGUUUCCCCUCCCCAGAAGGCAAAGGUUUGGGAAAAGGAGAAAAAGGUGGGCCCUGUUUGGCCGAGGGGGCGCAGGCGAGGCCAGAGGAAAGAAUUCCACUUUAUUUUACUGCUUCUGCCACUCCCUCGUCAAACGACUUGCACUUUUUAAAGAGAAUUGCUUUAUAACACUAAUACAUCCUUUCUAAAGAUUCAAGUGGAUUUCUCUUCAAGGUCUGUGAACGAAUGGACUUGACUAAGCUAAGAGUCCACAAAACAGAUUAUUACCUGUGGGCUGUGUGUGGAGAAGGAAGACAGAGCACUUCGGUAUAACGAAAGCUGAAUGGCGAGCGCAGGGCGGACCCUUUUACACAGAGUGUUGGAGAGAAGGUAGUACACUGAAAAGGGUGGCUUGACAUACAGGGUGGUCUCAGGAGAAACCACAACCCCAUUUGUAUUUCCUGGGAGUCUCAAAAUGGGUAAUUCAAGGAGUAUCAUAAGUAAAGAAUUGAGCCAAGGAAAAUAUUCACACGACCAGCUUGAGUGGCUUUGAGGGGGUGGAGGAUCGUACACACAUUGGUCAUUGUUUUGCGCCAGCAGUGCCUUUCAUGGGGGUACUUGGACCCUCAGAGCCUCUUCUCUAAUAGCCAUUUGCCACCGUGAGCGUGGUGUUCGGGCCAUUCCCCUUUAAAUGCCCUCCCCACUCUCCCCAGACGCUGAAUUUAGCUCUCAAAGAAGGGAAUGAAUCAUUAAGCCAGUGAAGACCCCGCCCUCCGCGUGAGUUCCCCAAUCUGAAGGAGAAGAGGGCGACUUCAGCGGAUUUUCUACCAAAAAUAGUGGGCUGAAGGCUGGUGGCGGGUCCUUGUUCCUCUCCCGGUGCCCCUCUGGCUGCUGCUCACCUCUGUCCCCAGGCGCUCGCACCUCCGCCUCCGCCUUCUGGGGAGGGCUGCCCCUGCCUUAGUCCUGGGGCCGCCAAACGGACAGCAGGCUUCUCACUUGCCACAGUGUCAGAGCAAUAAAAUGUGAUGCUUGGGGUCCCCCCAGGGAGCUGCCCGUGGCUUUAUUUAUGAAUCUGGUUUUUGGGUAGUCAGGGAAGGAGACAACUCCACUUCAGUGCAAAUCCCCAUCUUCCAGGAGCCAUGACUCAAAAGAAAAGGGUGCUCGGACUUUUGUUAUACACAUUUGCUUUGUGUAAAUAAAUGUUUACAAUUUUAUAUUAAAGGUGGAAUAAGCGUUAGAGCUUCUGACUGUAUAUUUUUUACUUUUAUAGAUUCUAAAACAAUGAUCCUUUAUAUAUGUGUUUUGGGGGAGCUAUGAUGUUUUAUGGCGAACAAUUGGUAUUGUUAACUUUUUACUGUCAUCAAAGUACAUGAAAAUCCUAUUAAUACCCUUAUUCUUCUACUUCUCUUAACUGGUAUACACCAAAAAGAAAUCUUUACUUUCCUUGUUUUAUCAUUUUAAAAUAAUAAAAGUAUUUUGCUAGUAUGGAAA